UUAAAUUUAAAUAAGAUCGUACACGAGAGUGGCGUGGGUUGCUUUUUCGAUUACGCAUGCGUACAUGCGUCUGGAGGUUUCGCUGGAACGUUGGAACCGAUGUUAGCCGAGCACAAUCGAACCUAUACGAACGACGGGCCUAAGUUUCUUGUGAUCCGGGCCGACGCGGCGGUUAAAAGAGACGAAAAGUGGGGUUAGGUUAUAGUAAAGGGACAAGAGUGUGAAAGAGAACCUAAGACAGACAGAGACAGAAAGAGAGACGAGUUUUCUCGUGUCCGUAAGUGGGGAUAGAAUCUUGGUGUGCAGCAGAAGUAAACGUAUAGUAUAGCGUCCCCAACCAGGCUGUGUAUAAUCUGCAAGCGAGACAGAGAUAAGACGUUAUACGGUAUACAUACGCAAGAGAGAAGAAGCGAAUCGACGAAGAAGAAGAUAGACAGAGAGAAGAGCAAAAGGAAGCAGCUUACGGAACGGCAUGUCCUCGUGUGCUCGUGUCGUAGAGCGUUUCUGAACGCAGCCAUUACGACACAACCGCUCUCGGUGACGCUUUGCUGCGGUAGAGCCGUGCUCACGCGCGCAGUGGUCACGGAACGAUCGGAACGGAACACACGUGUUUUCGGAAAUUCGAACGAGAUUUCGGGAGGCCCAGGGACGCUUCUUGACGCCUCUUGACGCGCGGCGUCACGUCGCGCGGGUCAUCAACAACCCGAGUGUCCGGUUUGAUUGGUAAAUAGUAAAGUAAAACUUGCGAUUGGGAUAAAUCGCUCGAUUUCUCUCUUGUGGUACCUGUUCGAAGGAAAAUAAUCAACCAUGUUUGACGUAUUCGGUUCAGUAAAGGGACUGCUCAAGCUAGACAACGUUUGCAUCGACAAUAAUGUCUUCCGGCUGCACUACAAAGCUACGGUGAUCAUAUUAAUUGCUUUUUCGUUAUUGGUCACGUCCAGGCAAUAUAUCGGAGACCCUAUAGACUGUAUCGUGGACGAAAUACCGCUUCACGUGAUGGACACUUACUGUUGGAUCUACUCGACGUUCACGAUCCCUGAUCGAACUGGCGUAGUCGGCAAAGACAUAGUGCAACCAGGUGUUGCGUCCCACGUCGAUGGCGAGGACGAAAUCAAGUACCACAAAUAUUAUCAGUGGGUGUGCUUCACGCUGUUCUUCCAGGCGAUAUUGUUUUACGUGCCACGUUACCUGUGGAAGACUUGGGAAGGUGGUAGAAUCAAGAUGCUAGUUCUAGACCUAAAUUGCCCAGUAAUGAGCGACGAAUGCAAAUCGGAAAGAAGGAAAUUACUAGUCGAGUAUUUCGCUUCGAAUUGGCACACUCAGAAUUUUUACGCAUUCCGUUUCUUCCUCUGCGAAGUGCUAAAUUUCGUUAACGUAGUCGGCCAGAUCUACUUCAUGGACUUCUUCUUGGAUGGCGAGUUCACCACCUAUGGCUCGGACGUGGUGAAAUUUACAGAAAUGGAACCUGAGGAGAGGAUCGACCCGAUGUCACGGGUAUUCCCGAAAGUGACCAAAUGUACCUUCCACAAAUAUGGUGCGUCCGGUACGGUGCAGAAAUUCGAUGGUCUCUGCGUGUUACCGUUAAACAUCGUCAACGAGAAGAUAUACGUGUUCCUCUGGUUCUGGUUCAUCAUUCUGUCGGUGUUGAGCGGUUUGACCCUGGCGUACCGUGCCGCGGUAGUAGCCGGGCCGAAACUUCGCUUAGUGCUCUUGCGUGCCCGAUCGCGCCUCUCCAAGCCGGAGCAUAUCGGAACCAUCGCUGAGAAGUGCCAGAUCGGUGACUGGUUCGUUCUUUAUCAGCUCGGCAAGAACAUAGAUCCUGUGGUGUACCAGCAGCUCGUCGUCGAUCUUGCCACGAAACUACAGGGCAAAGAAUCCGUCUAGUUUCUUACAUACAUUCUUAGAAUUCCUCUUUUUUCUUUUCUUUUCCCCUGCUUCUUCGUUUUUACUAUUCGAUUCAUCAACAGAUCCGAUUAGUCGAGUCGAAUCAAGUUGUAGUUUACCGUAUUUUCAUUAAUGUAGUUAUUUGAAGAUCGAAAGCCAUUUUGAAUUACGUUUAUUUUUCGUAUCUGUAACAUAUAUAUGGGACGUAUACGUGCAUUCCAACAAUUUUGGACAAAUUUUUCGUAGUUCAUUUGGCAUACGUGUAAAGUGAGUUGCCUUACCGAUCGUGACAUGAUAAUUCUCGAUCGGAAGUGCAAGUUCUGUUUAACAUAACAUAUCAAGCGAAGCAAAUGAAGAAAUUAAUCAUUUUUCUUUUUUGUCUCUCUCUCUCUCUCUCCUCUUUCUCUAUCUCUCUCUCUUUUUUUUUUUUUAGUUAAACAGUUAAACAAUA